AAAUAGUAUAAACAAGCUUUCGUUUUCCUAGUUUUAGUGCUCUACAUUGAAACUACAUUCUUUUAAUUAUAAAUAAUCUCAGCUUAUUCUAGUCAAAAUUAGCUUGUCUACAUUUUAAUUUUAUAAUCAGAUAUGUCAUCCCUAAAAUCCAACAGAAACCUACUGGUGUUUGAUUUUGACCAUUCUUUAAUUGAUGAAAACAGUGAUGUGUAUAUUAUAAAACUAGCACCCGGAGGGGAAUUGCCAGAGGAAAUAAAGAAUUUAUAUGCAGAUGACGGCUGGACUGAAUACAUGGGAGAAAUUUUUAAAUUUCUACAUAGAAAUGGAUGCACCCCAAGUAGUAUUCUUAGCUGCAUGUCAGAAAUUGAACUAACUGAAGGGAUGAAAGAGCUGCUAGACUUCACCAGCACAAGUGGUUCUUUUGAUCACAUCAUUAUCUCUGACUCAAACUCUGUGUUCAUAAGACACAUUUUAGAAGAAAAAAAACUAACUGCAGUCAUACACAAAGUUUUCACCAACCCUGCGCAAUUUGAUGCAGCUGGUUGCUUGACACUGCAACACUACCAUACACAGGAUUGGUGUACCCUCAGCACUGUGAAUCUCUGUAAAGGUCAUAUAUUAAAAUCUUACAUUGAAGAACGCGAGAAAGAAGGAGUUGAAUACAACCAUGUUAUAUAUGUUGGAGAUGGUUUUAAUGAUUUAUGCCCGGGUCUUUCUCUACGCGAGCAGGAUGUCUUUAUGCCACGAUUUGGAUUUAAGCUUCAUCGGGUGAUUAAGAAAAUGGAGCAAACUAAUAAACCUGUUAAAAGGUCAGAGCUAAAAGCUAGCAUUGUCACAUGGGAAACAGGAUUAGAUAUACUUAAUCAUGUACAGUUUUUGCUUAAAAUGUAAAAGUAAUGUGGAAUUGUCAAACUGUUCAUCUUUUGGAAAUUAGUUAAAGUGUGUCUGUUAUUACAAUCCUAUCAUUAAUAUAAGUUUUUUUGCCCACCUUUCUUGCCUGCCAUGUUCUUUAAUUUUGCUUACAUUGAGUUAAUGUGAACGCUUGCUUUUUUUUGUAACAAUUUUUUUCUGAAACAUUUUGUAAAGAUUUGUGACUUAAUACAGUUGUUCUUGCAAAUAACAACUACAAAAAAAGCAAUAGUGAAACAAGUUACGUGCACAACUGUAUUUUUCUUCACGUCGAUGUAACUCUAAUCACUUUUAAAACUUGCUUUUGGUCUUUAUUGGACUGAAACAUCAGUUUCUUAAUAUAAUUUUUUAAAUUUAAGCAAGGAUUUUCAUGUAUUUUUUCUACACAACUAACAUUUAACUUAAGAUGAAUUAUGGGUCAAAAUCUGACACUGCCUUUAGUAAAGAUUUAUUGUAUAAAUUAUACUGUCAGAAUAUUUUGAUGUUUUAUUAUUUUAUGAGCUCUUUUAACAACCCCUAUCCUAGAAGGGCACUUAACAAAAAUCAUUAUAAGUCACUUUGCUCAUUUUAUCAACAACUGAAUAGUCCCCUUAUAAUAAUAGUCAGUUUUUAAAUCUCAUGCAAUAUACAUUUAUUAAGCAAGAGGAUUUAUCCAUUUUCUAAUGGUAUUUCUUCUUGUCUGGAUUGAACCAUUAAUUUUU